AGGGAGAAAAAAAAAAUACAAAAGGGGUUGCCAAAUACCCUCAUCAAAAUUAUUGUCACAUAUCUGAUUUCAUAAAUUUGUUGCAUCCUCCAAAACUACAACUACUUAAGCUAGAGAAGCAACAUCUCUCAAAGUUUCUCCAGAGCCCUUGUUCGGCCACGAGAGAGAGAGAGAGAGAGAGAGAGAGGGAGAUUCUUGAAGUGCCAUGAAUAGAGCAGGAGUGAUAGAGAACUCGCCGGUGCAGCAGCUGGCGGCGACCGGAAACCCUAACUGGUGGAGCGUGAGCGGUGGAAUGAGGCCUCCGCCACCGUUGAUGAGCCAUCAGCCGCCGCAGCUUUCCCCUUAUAGCUUCCUCCGGCCGCCGCCGACACUGCCGCCGUCUCUUCCGAGUCUCCUGCCGCAGUUUCUACCGUCUCCGACUUCGUCUUCGUCUUCUUCUUCUCCUUCGUUCCCCAGCCAUAACCCUAACGUCUCUUCUUGGCCUGAUUAUUAUGAUCUUCCUCCUGAGUCUUGGAGCCUCAGCCAACUACUUUUGGGUGGGUUGAUGAUGGGAGAGGAAGAGAGAAUGAUAAUGAGCCAACAAGGGAAGAAGUUGGAGAAUUGGGAAGAGCAAGUUCUCAGCCACCAAGCUUUCAUGGCGGCCGACGUGAAGCAAGAGAACAACAGCAACAACAGCAGCAAUGGUUAUGUCAUGUCACCGAACUCAUCGCCUCCCAACAACAACAACAAUGACACCAACUCCAAGUCUUGUGUCACUGCCAACACCACGACAAGCCUCACCAGCAGUGGCAACAACAGCAUGUUGGACUUCUCUAGUAAUCAUCACAACGGUAUUACCAAAUCCGAUAUUGGGAGACACCAUCUUCCUCCUGAUCGAUCCUCUGAGUGUCACAGCUCGGAAACUGGGGGAUCAGCCAAUAAGAAACCGAGAUUCCAAGCUUCACCUCCUUCGACACAAUCAACCCUCAAGGUGAGGAAGGAGAAACUAGGCGGACGAAUCGCAGCUCUUCACCAGCUAGUUUCUCCCUUUGGCAAGACUGACACGGCCUCUGUCCUGUCUGAGUCUAUUGGAUACAUUAGAUUCCUUCAGAGUCAAAUUGAGGCCCUAAGUCUUCCUUACUUUGGUACUGCGUCAGGGAAUAUGAGACACCCGCAACAUGUUCAAGGGGAUAGGAAUUGUAUAUUUCCCGAGGAUCCUGGUCAGCUUGUGAACGAACACUGCAUGAAGAGAAGAGGAGCUUCGUCGUCAUCUUCCGACGACCAAAACCCUAACAGUAACGAAGAACCGAAGAAGGAUCUUAGGAGCAGAGGUCUAUGUCUCGUUCCAGUCUCUUUCACUCUGCAAGUCGGCAGCGACAAUGGCGCCGACUACUGGGCCCCAGCGCUCGGGGCAGGUUUCCAGUGAACCAAUCACAUCGCACCGCGUGGAACCCCCAAAGGAGAGAAAUGUUAUAACAUCACGAGCAGCCAGUCUGCAGAGAAAACAUCAAAAGUGAGUUUCCAAGGCUGAUUGCUCAUGAUGCUAUACAACAACUACAUAUCACAAAUUUGCGUUCAGCGUUUUGGAGGUUCUGCGUUUGGCGUUCUUCAGUCUGAUGUAUGAAAUGACCAAAAAAAACAAAGUGUGAUCAAUGGUUCUUCGUUUAGGCAAACUUAAUUGUAAUCUGUGUUUAUUUUGAUUGUAUCUGCAUGGGGGUUUGUACUGUCAUUAUAUCUUCACUCACUAUCACCUUGUUCUUUUA